AUGUCCGUCGGAACAAUAAAGCUACCUGUUCAUGUGGGCGGAGUAACGAAAAUCACGACGUUCACCAUAAUAUACAAACCCGCGGUCUACAACAUCAUCCUAGGAACGCCGUGGCUACACGACAUAGAGGCAGUGCCAUCCUCGUACCACCAAUGCCUGAAGUUCCCGACGGCGAUAGGAACAUACAUACUAAGAGGAAGCCACGGGGUUGCACGAGCGUGCUCCAUUAUGGGACCCGAAGAAAUGAGAAUCAGAAAGGCGUGCAAUGUGGUCAUCAGCGAAACUCCCACAGAACAAACCAGAACGGGAGAACCCCCGAGAGAAGCCAUCGAACAAAUUUUCAUCGACGACGAACAUCCGGAGAGGCGCGUCGGAAUAGGGAGCAAGUUAAGUCCGGACAUACGCGCCGAGUUGAUCGACUUCCUAAAAGAAAACGUUUCAACCUUCGCAUGGAAAAUGACCGAUAUGAUCAGGAUCGAUCCCAGCAUCAUCUGCCACGAGCUAAACGUCGAUCCAACCUAUAAACCGGUCAAACAAAAAAGAAGAAAGCUGGGGCCAGAACGCGCAGCGGCAGUAAACGUGGAAGUAGAACGCCUUACAAUUGCCGGCUCCAUAAUGGAAGUCAAAUACCAACGGAUCUUGGAGAGUAUGCUUAGACUUCACCGAUCUAAACAAGGCAUGCCCGAAAGAAGCAACGCGGGAAACGAGCUGCUUUCUUUCACGGAUGCCUUCGCCGGGUAUAACCAGAUACUGAUUCACCCAGAAGACCGAGAGAAAACCUCGUUCAUCACUGAAAGAGGGACUUACUGCUACAACGUCAUGCCAUUCGGGCUCAAAAAUGUCGGAGAAACCUACCAGCGGUUAGUAAACAAAAUGUUCUCAGACCAGCUAGGAAACACCAUGGAAGUAUACAUCGACGACAUGCUAGUCAAAUCAUUCAGAGCGAAGAGUCAUGUCGACGACCUGCGGAGGUGUUUCGCGAUCCUUAACGAACACGAGAUGAAGCUAAACCCGACAAAAUGCACUUUUGCAGUAACAUCCGGAGAGUUCCUGGGGUGCAUUGUAACCAAAAGAGGAAUCGAAGCCAACCCAAGAAAGAUAGCAGCCAUAAUGAAACUGCCGUCACCCAAAAACACAAGAGAAGUCCAACGGCUGACCGGCCGCAUCGCGGCGCUCAAUAGAUUCAUCUCCAGAUCUACAGACAAGUGUCUACCCUUCUACCAGCUGCUCCGAGCGAACAAGCGUUUCGAGUGGGACGAUGCUUGCAAAAAAGCUUUCGCCGAACUCAAACAAUACCUGAUGACGCUGCCAGUCCUAGCCAAGCCAGAAGAGGGAGAAACAUUAUAUCUAUACGUGUCAGUCACCGGAUCAGCAAUUAGCGGAGUACUAGUAAGGGAGGAACGAGGCGAGCAAAGCCGAUCUUCUAUAUCAGCAAGACAUUGGAUGACGCCGAAUCACGAUACCCGACGUUGGAAUAAUUGGCCCUAG